AUGGCAGGACCUUCCCCUCACAAACCUCGGCGGAAGGUCAAGAAGACGAGUAAUGGCAGCGAGGUCUCCUCCGUCGCGCCGGCCACAGCCAGCCGCACAGGCUCGAGUCGACCAGCAUACCCACUCGCAGCUUUCCUCUGGCCAGCGCGCAGCUCGGUGUCGCAAUGGGAGAUCCUGCCAAUGAUAUUAAUGGCGGUGGGCUUGUUCAGAUGGGCAGCUGGCCUCUGGGGAUAUUCAGGAUUUCAGAACCCACCUAUGCACGGCGACUACGAAGCACAGCGACAUUGGAUGGAGAUUACGACUCAAUUGCCUAUCUCCCAAUGGUACUUCCACGACCUCGAGUGGUGGGGACUGGACUAUCCGCCUUUGACCGCAUACCAUAGCUGGGUUCUGGGCAAGGUUGGGGGAUUCAUCGAUCCAUCAUGGUUCGCUCUGUUGACUUCGAGAGGGCUUGAAGAUCCUAUAUUGAAGGUCUUCAUGCGGGCUACGGUUAUCGUCUCCGAAUACCUCGUCUACAUACCAGCUGCGGUGAUCUUCGUCCGGCGGCUCACGAAGCUACAAGGUAUCAGUUCGUGGAACGCGUCAAUUGCCCUCACAGCAAUCCUGAUGCAGCCAGGCACGAUUCUGAUCGACCAUGUACACUUCCAAUACAAUACGGUGAUGCUUGGAUUAGUGCUGGCUAGCAUGUCCAGUGUACUAGCUGGGAGGUUCAUGUGGAGCUGUAUCUUUUUUGUCUUGGCACUUGGCUUCAAACAGAUGGCACUCUAUUACGCACCCGCAAUGUUCGCAUACCUCCUCGGAGUCUGCCUUUUUCCCAGAAUCAAUAUCCCGCGGUUCUUGGGGAUUGCAGUUGUCACAGUAGCAGCAUUCGCCUUACUGCUACUCCCCCUUGUCCUUGGCGCUCUCUAUGAUGCUCACCGUGGCAUUGAUGCGAGACCGGACCUCCAUGGACGGUUUGCUCCAUUGCCCAUAUUCUCCGAGUACUCAUACCUCAUUAACUUCAAAGCUUGGUAUUAUCCUAUCGUUCAACAACUGGCCCAGAUGAUCCACCGAGUCUUCCCUUUUGCCAGAGGACUUUUCGAGGACAAGGUUGCUAAUUUCUGGUGUGCUUUGAACGUCGUCAUCAAGCUUCGGAAGUACCCGUCGGAACUUCUCCAGCGGGCUUCUUUGUUAGCUACACUUGUCGCCAUCACUCCGCCCUGCUUUGUUAUCUUUGUCAAACCUCGGAAGGAAUUGUUGCCGGUGGCCUUGUCAGCAACGGCAUGGGCUUUCUUCCUGUUCAGCUUUCAGGUCCACGAGAAGAGUGUCCUACUUCCCUUGAUGCCCAUGACAGUUCUCCUGGCUGGAAAACAUGGCCUAAGUAAGAAUGUUCGGGCCUGGGUCGGCUUCGCCAACUUGCUCGGGGUUUGGACGAUGUUCCCUUUGCUUGAGAGGGUCGACUUGCGCAUACCGUAUAUCAUUUUGUCUUUGCUAUGGGCCUACCUUUUGGGUCUUCCGCCGACAGCUUUGGCCGUUUAUAGCCAGGAUGGCCAGCCGACUUGGGUCGGUUUUGCAACGACUACCAUCCACUCCAUCUUCUACUUGGCAAUGGCAGCAUGGCAUGUCGCUGAAGGGUUUCUCUCCCCACCGCAAAGCAAGCCAGAUCUUUGGGUCGUUAUCAAUGUCGGAAUUGGCGCAGUGGGAUUUGGGAUCUGCUACCUGUGGUGCUUGUGGAGCCUAGUGAUGGAAAGUGGAAUUGUGGACAUCUCGAAGGCGGAAAGGAAGAAAGUGAAGGCUCAGGGAGUCUCUAUAGGUCGCGAUAUCUCCAAUUAA